CUGUUAAUUUUAAGUCCACUGCGCAACUCCAACUGCCGUAAUAAGGACACUAUUGUUGUAAUCGCGCAUUGUGCAAUAAAUGCAGAAAGUAUUCUGUAUGUAAAAAAAAAUAAUUUACUCGAUCUGUUAAAUGAAUAAAGUACAUCUUUUUGCUAUUUUUCCACUCAACUUUCUAUUUGUCUCGAAGCGGGAAAUUUUACGACAUACCAUAAGUGUCGUAUGCUCAUGACAGACCGAAACGACAAAUGUAAACAACGGGAAAUAAAAUGGUUUUCAAAACAGAAAAGCGGAAAAAGCGAGAUGAAAAAGUGAUUGCCUCCACAAGAAGAAGAUGGGAGAGGGAAAGACAAGGAGAGGCGGUAGUGUUGGAGCAUAGUUAUUCAAUACCAAGUAGGCCUAAAAUUCCCGACCUUAACAAUGUUGCAGUGGAAGAAGUUGUGGACUGUGCUUCAGACACUGACACAGAUGAUGAUAGUCAUCAUGAUACACAAGAACAAUCCAUCCCAUGGGACAGUGGACGUCAUAUUGUUGAAUUGGGAGUUCUCGCUAAUGCGCUGGCAGCGUGCAAGAACUGCUCCAGUCCACUUCAGCUGUCCCACACCACUUCAAUUAAAACUUACGGUCUUGCAGCUAUUUUAAAGGUUCCAUGUAGCAAUGCAGAUUGUAGAUAUUUGAACAAUGUCCCUACAGGAAAACAACAUGGAAAAACCCAUAUUUGGGAUAUAAAUACUAAAAUAGCAAAUGCUUUGAUUUAUGCCGGUGUGGGGGUUUCCCAAAUCAACAGCAUUUUGUCAGCUAUAAAUGUUCCCCCUGUUCAACAUAAACUGAUGAGUAAGAGGCAGACAGAAAUUGGACAGGCAGUGGAAAAAGUUGCACAAGAUUCUGUUCUAGAAAGCCUAGAAGAAGAAUGUGAUGCAACAGAAAGAGAAACUGGUCAGAGGGAGAUAUGUGUCUAG